AUGAUUAUCCUGUUGUACACAGCAUCCAGCUCAAAUGGGACAACCACGGGAAAGACCUUCAAGGUUCACCUUCAGCUUUGGGACACUGCUGGACAGGAAAGGUUUCGUAGCCUGACGACUGCUUUCUUCAGGGAUGCCAUGGGUUUCCUGUUGAUGUUUGAUCUGACCAGCCAGCAAAGCUUCCUCAAUGUCAGAAACUGGAUGAGUCAGCUGCAGGCGAACGCCUACUGCGAGAACCCAGACAUCGUCCUGGUAGGAAACAAGGCAGAUCUGGCUGACCAGAGAGAGGUUCAGGAAAAACAAGCCAAGGAGCUGGCUGAUAAAUACGGGAUCCCAUACUUUGAGACGAGCGCAGCCACAGGGGUGGAGGUUGACAAGGCAGUGUUAACUCUGUUGGAUCUGGUCAUGAAGAGGAUGGAACAAUGUGUGGACAAACCUCCCGCCGAGCCGGCCAAUGGGAACGGAGCAACCAAACUAGCACCCGCCCAGUCCACCGAGAAGAAAUGUGCAUGCUAGAUCAGAAUCAGGAAAUCACCAAUCAGUACUCCUCUUUGUCCACCCUUGUUCUCCCUACCUUUCAUAUGUCCUUUGUUCGUUUCCUUUUUCUCAUUCUCUCCAUUUUUAAUUGCAUGUUUUCAAUCUUCCCCUUUUCCUUUUCCUCACCUCUCUCCCCCACUCCUCCUUAUCAUCUUUAUUCUCUCUAUAUUUGACAUGUCAUCACUUACUUUUCUUCUUGUUUCUCUCCCUUGUUCUUUACCUUUCUCUUGUUCCCUCCGCCUUGAUUUAAUUCCGGCCUUGAAACAACUCUAUCUCCCUCUAGUGGACACUGCGAGGUAUUGCAGCUCUGGCCAGCCCACUCCAGCUUACAGCUGUGCCUGUCAAGGAGGAACAAUCAGGAGGGGACAGUUUCAUCCAGCCAGUAAGAGUUGGCGGUGUGUUGCCUCAUGCAGUUUAAACAGGUAGUUCGGCCAACACUCUGCAUGUGUGCUCUCAGUCUUGCUGCGUACGUCAUGCGUCCGGCGCUCCUGAUUCCUCUGGUUUUUUGACAAAUUUUUGCUGGUUGAACGCAAGCAAAAAAAAAUACAAAAAAAUACAAAAAAGAUGUUUGCAAUUUUAAACUUAAACUCUUGUGGCAUGGAUCUGAUCGUUUCUCUGCAGUCCUGAAUAGGAAAAAAAAGAAGUCGGAUUCAUUUGCAUUCUGUCAAGGCAAGAGUUCAAAGGUCAGGUCUGAGCCUUUAAGAGUUUAAAGUGUGUGUGCAAUUGCAUUUUUCUGUGGUAUAGCAGUCAGUGUCCUCUCCUGCAUCUUCCUUCUAGGACAUUUUGAGUGACUGGGAAGUUUAUUUGGUUUUCCCACGGCCCAGGUUUUCUGUGCUCUGCCCAUACUAGUACAUUGUGGUGUUUUUUUAAUGUGCUCUCCAUGUACUACUAGCGUGUCGUGUGUUUCCUCUUAUUGCUUGUGGAGCACAGCUGCAUUGAAGGUAUACUAGACUCAUGCCAGCGAAGCACCUAUUUGCUUUUGGUGUUUAUUGGCCUUUCAAAUGUGCUGUUUGUCACAUUGCUAGUGUGCACUUGGCAUACACACCUGUUCAGUAACCCUACAGAAAACCAAAGGCUACUGAUACUGUACUGUAAGCUGUAGCGGACUGCUACAGUACCACAGUCAUAGCAGGUACGGUAUGGGUAUAGCACAGUACUUGUCCACGUGGAAAGACGAACUACAACCUCUACUAGCAUUUUCCUUUACUGUGUACUAGACCAGGAUAGAAGUGUCAUUUAAAAACUAAUUACUGCCUUGGCUGUUAAAGCGAUAUUCCACUGUGGUUGGAUAUUUUCACAUUUUGUUACACAUACCUCUUUUUGUAAGCGUUGAAACCCCAAUACUGGCCGCUUUGGGGGAUCCGUAGUCCUAAUCACUUACCAAUGGAUUAACAUUACUAUAUAUAUAUAUAUAUAUAUACAUACACACACAUAUACAUAUACAUAUAUAUAGUAUCUCACAAGGGAAGUGAGGUACUGAUAUCUUGCAAUCAAUCAUCAAACAGUACACUUUGAUCUCAAGAAAAUGAUAUAGUGUAUCCACAGAGCUUAACAUUAAAAUGUAACUUUUUUAUUAUUAUUAUUAUUACUAUUAUUUCCUGUUAUGUGUACUAACUAGUAAAAAUAUUCAGUCCGAGUGAAAUGCAGCUAUAUGGCCCCACAAAUAACCAAUUUUGUUACAUGAAGUGACAAUUAUUUAUAUUAAAACAAAAAGUAAAACACUUAGAUUCAUACGCUUCUCUUGUUCUAUUUUGAAUUGAUGUCCUGAACCCUGAAGGCUGACAACUUAACGUGUAAAUUGCUCUUAA